AUGCGCUUCACCAGCUUCGUCCUCGCCGCUCUCCCGGCCCUUGCCCUUGCCGAUGGCUCUGUCACCAGCUCGGCCCCUACCACCAUCACCACCACCUGCACCUUGACUGACAAGGUCACCAAGACCAUGACCCUCUCCAAGGUCACCGUCACCUCCAUCGCCAGCAACAGCACUUCUUCUUGGGUCCCCAUCCCUACCUCCAGCGCGCCCGCCAUCGUCAACCCUCCCACGCCUGGAAAGAACGCUGCUGGUGCUCUCGAUGCCAGCAAGGUCGCUUUCGCUGGUGUCGCCGGCAUGGUUGCCAUCGCCCUUCUCUAA